AUGUUCCACGAGCAUGGCUACCGGCAGCGAGGCGUCGAGUCCAAACAGCCAGUAACAGAUCUCCGCUUCGCUUCAGAGAAUCCGGAGCUUUAUAUAGCAAUCCUCCAAGGGUUGCCAGAGAACCGCUACAGCAAAGCGCCACUCAAAUCACCUAUUGACUUCCCUCUCAUCAAUUUUUAUCCACCCUGUCUCACGCUCCUCACCAUCGCCCACACUCACGUAACUGGGCCGCGUCACAUAUCGCAUUCACCGAACGAUCUGACGGGCUCCUGCCUCUACAUUGCACGUCCGGAUGCGCCGCCCGUCCGAUAUAUUGUCCACAUGACCUCGGGCAUGUCAGUCUCAGUUGUCGAACACCCACCGGUGUCGCCAUUCUCGUCUCACAGCGCACGGCCUGUCGUCAUGUCUCGACCACAGGUGGGCAUCGAGCGACUCCCGGCUCGUCGUCUCACGAACGAACCGCGGGAGUCCAUGAACUGCAAGUCUUGUCGAAAGCGCAAGAUAAAAUGUAACAGAUUGCGGCCUGCUUGCGAAGCUUGCCAGGUGUUUCAAUGCGCUUGCAUCUACGAUGCUGUCCCAAAGAAGCGGGGACCGAAAACAGAUAUUCUUGAGGCUUUAUUGAAGCGCGUUGAUGGACUUGAGCAAAAGCUCAAGGAAAAAGGAGGCGAUGAAGCAGGAGCCGAGGGCAGUGAAGCCGGCGGCGCCGGAUCUGGAAGUGGCAGCGGCAUUUCACCGAGCUCGGAUGAGUCGCCAGGGGCAGCGGCGACAACAACAACAGCUGCUGGAGAUUCCUCAACAGCCUCAAGCUCAAAGGCUGCUGUUGCGGAUAUUCCGACGACAGAGAAGCCAAGGAAACAGUCGACGACAAAUGGCCCCGAAAUGUCUGCACCGGCAGUCCCAAUGAAACCCGAUACAGAGCUCAGCUCUUUCCAACAGCAACAGCACAAGACACCUCCAGUGCAAGUCGAUACUCUACUUCACACAUACUUUACUCGCUCACAUGCAAAGCCUUUCCACAUUCUCGAUGAAUCGUCAUUUCGCCAACGAUUGCAGCUGGGUCAGAUUCCAUCCCAUCUGCUGGGGUCUGUCUGUGCCUUGGCAUCACGGGAACCAGAGCUUAACAGUAACCACAGAUAUACACCCCAUCCAAACGGCUACCAAGCAGCAGUCCGUCUUGGCGAAGACUACGCCUUACGCGCCCGCGCGGAAAUUGACGUUGAUGAACCAUCAAUAGACUGCCUCCAAACCUUGUUGCUUCUUGCCCUCGCCUUCGUUGCCUCCGGCAAGGGAAAGAAAGCUUACAUGUUAUUAUGUACGGCCUUCUCUCUGCUGCUGUAA